AUGAUUGAAAAAGGAAAUAAACCGGGAGAGUUAAAACUGUGGGUAACCAAACCGGUCUUGAUUAAACCGUCUCGGGAAGGUCGCCUGGGAGAGAAAACUCAGCGCUCAAAGGUUGUUAUCCUCGCAUCAGUCUUUGUUUCAGGAAGACCCCUUAAAAACCAGAUUUUGUCUACUGAUGAAAACACCAAGAAAGAGACAUCUAUGUGGACGAUGCAAGAAAUCCGGACACAACCGAGCAACAUGCAAGGAGGAAGCACUGGAAUAUUGCAAAGCUCUCAGGAUGUCACAGUUCAUCGGAAACAAAUGACAAAUGGAGAAAGAUGGGAGAUUUACCAUGCUCUGUUGGCAAGAAGCAUCAAUGGGAAACUGAAAGAAUAUCAUACAACCGAGGUUUCUAAUUUAUUCUCCGUACCUCUACAGACAGUGCAAAAGAUUUGGAGGAGGGCCAAAAAUACUCCCAAUGGUGAAGCUGUUGAUGUAUCACACAAGAGAAAAGGUAAUUGCGGUAGAAAGAAAACUCAUGUUGAUCUUUCUCGAAUUGUUGAUGUUCCACUUUGUCGCCGUAAAACAUUACGGUCAUUAACCGCUUCUUUGGAUGUGAGCUGCACAUCACUGUUUCGAUGUCUAAAAGAUGGGCUCAUCAAGCGCCAUACCAAUGCUAUAAAGCCGUCUUUAACAGAGAACACUAUGAGAGUUCGAUUAGAGUUUUGUAUCUCCAUGCUCGACAGAAGUACUAUGCCGGAUCACCCGAAGUUUAAUGCUAUGCAGGAUGUUGUUCAUAUCGACGAGAAGUGUAUCUACAUGACAAAAAAGACAGUCUUAUUAUCUUCAUCCCGUUGA